AUGGCUUCUACGGAUGUGGUUUCUCUGCCCUUCGAGGCCGUGGAUGAUCUCAUUUAUGAUGCACGAGCGGGUGAUCUCGAAUCAUUAAAAGUAGACAUCACAAAAUUCAGCCAAGAGUAUAACUGCUCUCCAGCGGAUAUAAUUAAAGCAGCUAUAGAUACGGAGGAUGAGAGCGAAGGAGGCACUGGCUCAUGUCUCCUACACUGGCCCGCGGCUAAUGGAAACGCUGAAAUAUUAAAUUACCUUCUUAGCCUGCUCAGAACUGAAAAUGGAGUGCAAGAACCCUCAAACCUUCAGCUUAUAAACCAUAAGAACCAUUCUGGAAAUACACCGUUGCAUUGGGCAGCUCUUAAUACCCACCUAGAAUGUGUCAAGGCGCUCGUGGAAGCUGGAGCGGACAUUAUUUUGAAGAACAACGCGGGCCAUGAUGCUGUUUUUGUUGCUGAGCAGUCUGACUGGAAUGCUACUGCGACUACGCAAGAAGAGGACAAGGAAAAGGAUGCCACAGAGGAUGAAGCCAACGUGGAGGAAGCCGAGUCGUCUACACCGCGAGAGACUACGAAGGGUCAGCAGGUAGUGGAGUGGUUACUGACCUGUGAGAAGGGUUCGGAUAUGGAGAAGAGUGCUGUUGACGAUGCUGAUGUCCCAAUGACUGAAGAUGAUGCUGGUCCAAGCAAGUAG